GCAUCCAUCCACCACGGUCUGGUUGUGGGAAGCCGCGUGGGAGGGGAGCAUGAGCACCUGAGUGUCCUGGACCUUGCAGGAGGCAAGGGUCAUGCUGAAGGAACGGAUGUGCGACCUGAGCGCAUGCCAGUGUACGAAGCAGGGCAUGGUCCCGUUCCUUGGACUGAUCCUGCGCGACUCCUUAGAGAAACAACAGGAACAUCAUGUGGACGACUCUCGCAUCCUAGAUCAGAUCAUGUUACACAGGAGGGUGGCCGCGCAGUAUGACCUGGAGACCGAUGAGUGCUUUGAGUCCUUUGUCCAGGCCGUGGAGCUCCUGGAUGAGGAGCAGAGCUACACCCUGUCCUGCCAGCUGGAGCCCCCAGUUUAGGUCCCACGUUUAAA